AUGAAUGGCCUGAAUUGGCCCAAACCCAACUUGAAUCGCGAAAAUUGGAGCUUGAAGAUUUUGAAUCGAGAUCCCAAAAAUUCAAUUCAUUUGAUUCAUCCUUCAUUCAAAAUCUUCAAAAAAUUCACCUUCUGCCACCUCUCGACCUGGUACGAGGACAGCGAUAUACCGCGAGACUGGGUGAUCUCCACGUCUGAUAACGGUUGGACCACAAAUGAGAGAGGCCUGGAAUGGAUUCGACAUUUUGACAGUCACCACUCGACGGACUUCGAGCUCUACUGCAAGGGGAACAACAUCGUCACGCUCUGUAUGCCUCCUCAUUCUUCUCAUAUACUCCAGCCUCUGGAUGUUGGAUGUUUUGGCCCGCUCAAGCAAGCGUAUGGCCGGCAAAUCGAGAAGAAGAUGAGGGCCGGAGCCACGGACGCCGACACCCUCGGAAGAGGGUCACGGAAGACCCGAACCCUGGGUUUCUAA